AUGGCUGACUGGCAAACAAACCAAGAAGGCGGACUGAAAAUCACGAACUCGAUUCAAUUACUCGAUUUUGCUGAUGAUGCAGCGGGAGGCUGUAUCCAUCACGUUGGCCAUUUGUGCCACAAGGAAAUUUUCAAGUACAUGGAGCGCUCCAGCCGCCGUGAUCAUUCGCGUGAUCCUGAGGAUGAUGCGAGCAGUGACGCGGGUACCAGCACGCGCUUACGUCGCCGUAUGCGCAGCAUGGUGGCUGAGUCCGACGGUGCAGACACGGACGCUAGCUCGACCGGCCACCCGACUGAGGAGUCCCAGCGCCGCCCAGGUCGCCGCAGAAGAGCGCGAAAGGCAUUAGAAGAUAUGCGAAAUUUUACGCGAAUAAAACGUCAGCGAUCAAUGUCAAACGGCUCAAACACGUCAUCUACGUCGGGUUCCUCCAUGGCAUCUGAACCGCUUACGGAAUCGCAACGCCGCGCUCGCUCUGACCAAAAAAUGGCUGAAUUGGAGCAAAAAAAGAAAAUGGUGGAGGAUGGUACGCUCGCCGAGUUCUGUCGUCGCGUGGCCGCAUUUAAAGAAGAACGCAAUCGUCUGCUACAGACUGCAGAGCUACAUAAAAAUCUACAGCUGAAAAAUGGACAGGAUCUAUACAAUUUUGAGGUGCAGCGUGCGAACAACUUUUGCAAGAAUGACCAAAUAGAACUAAAAAACAAGAUGCUGUCCAAGGUAGACGCCGUUAUGGCAAAGCUGCAGGCGGAGAUGAAGGUGCUGUCUAAGCCCGGAGCUAAGAUCGAAGACAUCAAAAAGGAAUUGCAGCAGAAAUGUACACCAGAUACGAUGAUGCAUAUAGCUGCAAGUUUGGAGAAACAAACCGAACUCGAAAUGGAAAAAGGCAAGCUGCCCGUGACACCACCAAAAGCACCUUUGUGCAAACGACGCAAAGCGGACUCGCCAAAAAAGGCAACAUUGGACGAGAUGCUAAAGCUGCUACCCGACGAGACGAUCCGCUUACCGUUUGAUGCCCUCAGUACUGACAUUGCGACUAUCGUUAGCACUUGUAAGCAGAUUGCCAAAGCCACAGUCGAGCAUAUAUCGAACAGCAUUCACGUACCUUAUAAGUUGGAGCGACGACGGCUAAUAUGUGGCAAGAAUUUAUUCGUGGAUGGAGAUGAAGUACAAAUUUCGCUACCGCUUAUGCAUGAAGAUUACAGGGGCACUAUAUCAUCUAUAACAGACGAAGCCGUCUAUGUCAAAUUGGCAUCUGGCCACAAGGUUCGCAUCCUACUGCCGCACAUCGAGUUUCGUCGCUGCGAGCUCAAGCCAGCGCUGCGUAGUUCUUUAUCCACGGGCAAUCUUCACAGCUUGCGCUGGUCUGAAACCCUGAGUAAACAAGAAGCGGAAGCACCCACUUAA